AUGCAGAGGGUUGGGAGCGGCCUCUCCAACGAGAAGCAGGUGGCGUUAUUUACGCGUCCCAGCGUGGCCCUUGCCGAACACAACCAGGUGGCCAGGCUGCCGGUGCGGCUGCUCAGGGACGAUCCAGCAGCUGCGCAGGAUGACCAUGCAGAGGGCGGUUUCCAGUGGAAGGUGGAUGCCCACGGCUUCACGCCUGAGGAGCUGGAGGUGCGAGUCGACGGCGGGUGCCUGAUAGUGACGGGCCAGCAGCACCUGCAGAGCCACAGACCGGGCGAGGGCAGCUUCUGCAUGGCGCGGAAAGUGCACCGGCGAAUGCAACUGCCGCCCGACCUAGAUCCGGCCGCCAUGACCUGCUGCCUGACCCCGUCAGGCCAGCUGUGUGUCAGAAGCCAGUGUCGGGCAUUGCUUCCCCCAGAAACCCAGACAGGACCGUCUCCGAGACUGAGGGGCCGCAGCUGUAAGAGUUCCAACCUGGCCUGA